AUGACUGUGGAAAAAACUCCUAAUGUCUUUAUUGCACCUGAUAUGCCUAUUGAUGAGGCUGUCGAGCCCGAAAUCGAUUACGAAGGCCUCGGCGAUAACUAUCCUCUUCAUAUCAAUAUGUUGGCGGGCUCUUUGGCCGGUAUUACAGAGCAUGCCGUCAUGUUUCCCGUUGAUGUUGUAAGAACGCGUAUGCAAGUGCUUACGUCCUCUCCAACCGCCACAUAUUCUGGUAUUUUCGAUGCCUUCUCACGAAUCAGCUCAUUGGAAGGUGCACGUACGCUUUGGAAAGGCAUCGCCUCAGUCAUCCUGGGUGCAGGUCCAGCGCAUGCUCUCUACUUCGGAACAUAUGAGCUCGUGAAAGACCUCACAGGUGGUAAUAAGCUCGGUUUUCAGCUCUGGAGUACCUCGGUUGCGGGCGCCUCUGCUACAAUUAUCUCCGAUGCAUUUAUGAAUCCGUUUGACGUUGUUAAGCAGCGCAUGCAAAUGUACAACAACACUUACUCAUCUGUUUGGGAAUGUGCGCGGUAUGUAUACCGAACAGAAGGCUUGCGCGCAUUCUUCUUGUCGUAUCCCACAACGCUCACAAUGACUGUACCUUUCACGGCUAUUCAGUUUGCCACGUAUGAAUGGGCUAAGGGUAUUUUGAACCCCUCGCACUCUUAUUCUCCAUUUACGCACGUUGUGGCUGGUGGUUUUGCCGGCGCCAUGUCAGCUGCGUGCACGAACCCGCUAGACGUUGCUAAAACCCUGCUGCAGACUCGAGGGUUGAGUCACGACAAGGAGAUUAGCUCGGCUACCUCGAUGACUCGCGCAUUCCAAAUCAUUUAUGCACGAGAGGGUCUCCGUGGCUUUGCUCGUGGUCUUUCACCUCGCAUCUUUACACAUAUGCCCUCGAAUGCCUUAUGCUGGCUCUCAUACGAGAGUUUCCGGUUUGCUCUGCGUGAAAAGCCUGUGUUGUAA